GAAACUCUGUUGAUCAAUCACUAAAAAGACUCAGCCAAUAACAUAAUAUUCAUUGAUACGUUAAUUUUAAAUUGAAAUGUUUAGACGACAAAAAAUAUUGUAAAGAAGGAUAAAGUUUUGAAUAUUUUAACAAAUAUAAUAUUUUGUAAAGGAGCAUAUAGUUAAUAUGAUAUCAAGACACUAUUAAAAAUAUAUUGUAUAAUUUUAUGUGAAUUCAUAUGAAUAAACUAUCUUUAAGUAACAUAUUCAAGGUAUAACAUAUUGAAGAUAAAAUCUAUUAUUUAAUAAUAUCAUCAGUUGCUGCAUUAUUUACAAUUAUGAAUUCUCCAAGAUCACCACAAACUCCUCUCAGUUUUGAAUUGAAGAAAAUCAUUAAUGAUAGAAAUGUUUUAAGUAUGCGUAAUCGCAUGAAAGUUCUCAACAGUAUAAAUGAACAUAAUCAAAAACAAUAUGAAGAGAAAGAAAAAGAUUUAAAGUUUCAAGCUAUACAGGAAAUUUUAACAACAGAAGCUACAUAUUUAAGGCAAUUAGAAAUUUUAAUGGAGUAUUUUGUACAACCCAUAAUAGAAAGAAAGUUAUUACAUCAUAGUUUACUUUCAACAUUGUCUGAAAACAUAAAGACAUUAUAUAAUGUUAGUGGAGAAUUAAUAAAAGAACUAAAACAAGAUCCAAGAAAUAUUGCAGGCGCAUUUCACAAACUUGCUCCAUUUUUUAAAUUGUAUUCUGUUUAUGCUUAUGAUUAUGAACAAAUUUUAUCACUACUACAGAUGAAACAAGAAAAUGAUACUGAAUUUAAAGAUUUUAUUAGUAAGCAAGAAACAAGACCAGAAGUUGGUAGAAAAUUACCUUCACUAUUAAUUACUCCAAUACAAAGGGUACCUAGAUACAAACUACUAUUGAGAGAAGUCUUGCAACAUACAUCUAACAAACAUAAAGAAUAUAAUCUUUUACAAGCAUGUUUAGUAGAAGUGGAGAAAGCUGCAAGGCAUAUAAAUACCUUCAUUGAACAAUAUGAAGAAUCACAAAAAUUACUAAGACUUCAAAAAUGUAUUGUAAACCCAAUUAAUUUGAUAAAACCCGGUAGAAAAUUAAUCAAGCAAGGAGCAUUAAUGAGAGUCUCUAGACGAGGAAGCUCUGCAUAUAGAAGAUAUUUUGUUCUUUUGAAUGACAUUUUAUUAUAUUGCAAAGGUGAUCCACAAAAUUCAUUGACUGUAUGUUGUGUUUUACCAUUGAAUAAGUGUAAAAUUGAAUCUGUUUUGAGUGGUGGAUUGUUUUGUGUUACUUGUUUAAGUGAAACACUUUUACUUUAUUCCGAGAAAGAUGAUAGUAAUUUAUGGAUAGAAGCUAUACAAAAUUCUAUAAAGAAGUAUGCAGAAUGUAGACAAACAUUAAGAAAGGAUAGCAGUUCAAGAAAACCAUUAAGGCAUAACAAUCUUAAUUCAUUUCCAUCUGAAAAUAUACCAAUAGUCGCUGGUAAAAGAAAGAGAUCAUACAAAGAAACGGAGAUUAAUCUAGAUGCAUCAAAAAUUACAUAUUUGAAAAAAGAUAAUGAAACAGAUGCAGAUAUACAAUCAAAUAAUAGCUGUUUGGUACUUCUAAAAAGAUUUAAAAGAUUUAAAAAUGACGAUAAUUCUAAAUAUAUUAAGUCUUGUGAACAAAACAUCAAUUGUAAAAUUACAGAUAAAGAAAAUGUACAUUUUACAGAAUGCAGUACACCAUGUUUAUCUCCUAAUAAGUUUGCAAAUUUUAAACAAGAGUCAUCAACACUCAAAUCCAUCAGUGCAUUCUUUGCAUCUCUUGGUUCAUCUUUAAAGGAAUUCUUUUGGUUUAGGUAAUACAGUUUUAUAAAAUUAUUAAUAAAAUUAACGAAAUAACGAGA